GGUUCGGUGUUCAGGGCCACCGAGCUGGGCGCGGGGCACUGUUGGGGGAGGAUCUGGAGGCCGGGCCGGGCCAAGGCGUUGGGGGUCUUGAGCAGACCCGGGCGAAGAGUGUUGCUGAGCCAAAAGCAGGAGUUGGUGGGCAGGGCGCUGGUGGUGGGCGACGGUGGGCGAGGACAGGCACUUUCAGGGCUGGCAUGAGUGGAAGGGGACAAGGAGGGCCCAGAGUUUGAGUUAGAGCGUAAUUUGGGAGUUCCGUGUCACUGGGUGGGUUGAUGAGUCAUGAGAUCUGGAGAUCACAGAAGCUUUCCUAGCGAUCAGUUCUGAGUGAGGGAAAUAAGGGCUAAGAUUUGGAGAAGUGGUUUGGAGGCCACGUCUUGGGACACCAGGUGCUCUGAUGGCCGCCAGUCCCCAUGCGAGGGAGUCUGGGAGCAUGUCCCAGAGUGCUGUGAUUCGGAAGCUUCAGCCUGGGGUGGGGUUAAGGAAGGUCUUUGUGGUGGCCAGUCCCUGCCUUCCUUCCUUUCCAGGCCUUCAGGAUUCAGCUGUGUUCCUGUGGGGAGUGGGUUAAAAAUUCCUCCGGCCUACAAUCAGCCUUACAGUAUCCACCAGGGGCAGGAGGGACAUAUACAUGCGUGACUGCAGCAGCAUUCUCUGUCGUGGAGCCCUCACGCUUCCUCACUGUUGCCAUAGUAACGGCCUAUUGAUGGUGUAUUUAUAGGGGAAGAAGCAGGCGCUAAAUUUUGGGGAAGGAGGGGCAGAAGGCCUCGUGGCAGCAGCAGCAGCAGUGACGGUGGCUACAGAAUUGUAAAUGGAGUGGGCCAUGUCUUGUGAGCUGUUUUGGGGAGUUCCUGGCUUGUUUGAAGCUUUAAAAUGAGCUAAUGACUUUUGCAGGUGUCAGGAUAGCACACAUUCCGGGCUGUGAUAUGUGUGGGUGUGCACACACCAAAGUCGGGUGUGUUUGGGACAAGAGGUGGCUAUAUGUAAGCUGUUACGUAAUUUUUCCACAUAAAAAUUUUUAAAAAACACUGCAGUUCUCUUUGAUAAGCAAUGAAACAUAUAUUUUUCUCUCUUCAGUUAUUAGUAAAGCGUUUACUCAUUCUUUUCAAACCCUGACACAACCGCUCCAUUUUUCUUCAAUCAAAAACCUUGCUGUUAGGCAUGCCACACCCACACCCUUGCCACAUGACUGGCAUUGGCUCUAGGGGAACCUCAGAGAUCCGUAAUGGAAGCAGGGUUAUGAGAUUAUAUUCCAUCUUUAUUCUCAUCAAUAUUGAGGGUCAACUUUUCUCACACUGGCAGGCCCAUCUGUUGACAAAGUCACACGUUGAUAGUAUUGGAUGGGAUUCUUGUGGAGUUUGAAAGAGGAAAGCCCCCUCAAUAUGGUGUUUCCAUAGAUAGAUUUUAGAUUUUCUGUUUUUCCUUUAGUUUUAAUUUUAUUUGUGAUUUAUAUUCUACCUGUUUGCCCAAAGGAUUAGAAGAUAUAUUUUAAAUAGACAUAAGACUCUGAAAACGUAAAUAGAAAAGUGUAUACCACGUCGCAGGGGACAAGCAUAUGUGCUUAACAGCUGGGCUUCCAGGGCGCCUGUGCUUGAUGGUCAAUGUUAACGCUGAACUUCCUGGCAGCCUAGGCUAAAAGGGGAGCAUAAUGAGCGCCACCAUUCACAUGUCUUGCAUCCAGUCAGUCAUAAAUCCAGAGCUUCUGCCUGGGAGGGGAGCUGCGGAGUGAUUGCUCCCAGAUGUGGACAGCUUGGCCAGUGCUCUGGAAUCUGUGCAGGAGUGAGAGUGGGUGUUGGGGAUGGCAGUGUGCUGUGGCUGUGGUUUACAUACUGGCUGGAUAAUUCCUGAGCAGGAGGCUUUCAGAUGGUAACUCACAUUUGAGGCAACGCUUGCGUCUAGUUAGUAUCUCAGUUUUCAUCCUGUCAAUCAAUGUCUUGGUACUCGGCUGCAGUUUUCUUCAAUGCAAAGAGAGGAGAGAUGACUGGUUUCGGGAGAUCCUUGCCACCCUGUCUGGUGAAGACGAACACAGCAGGUCAUCUGGGUUUGGGCCAUGACUUUGGAGAUGGUUGUUGGUGCCGUCUUAACUGCCUGUUUUCAAGGAACGUGCUUGUCAUUAGAGGCAAGUGAGACGCUGGAUCUGAGGGAGCACCAUGGCAGGCCUCAGUGCAGCUCUCUCCUCAGUGUUUCUGGAGGCCAAGAACGCCCAUUCGGUCCUGAAGCGGUUCCCUCGUGCCAAUGAGUUCCUGGAGGAGCUGCGCCAGGGUACCAUCGAGCGGGAGUGCAUGGAGGAGAUCUGCAGCUACGAGGAGGUCAAGGAGGUGUUUGAGGACAAAGAGAAAACGAUGGAGUUCUGGAAGGGGUACCCAAAUGCAGUCUACUCAGUCCGAGACCCCGCACAAAGCUCGGAUGCCAUGUACGUGGUGGUGCCCCUUCUAGGGGUGGCGUUGCUGAUUGUCAUCGCCUUGUUCAUCAUCUGGAGGUGCCAGCUGCAGAAAGCCACUCGUCAUCACCCCUCGUAUGCUCAAAACCGGUACCUAGCCAGUCGCGCUGGGCACAGUCUGCCCCGGGUCAUGGUGUACCGGGGCACUGUGCAUAGCCAAGGGGAGUCCUCUGGGCACCGGGAGGCAGGGAGCAACCCGCAGGUGGCACUAGGGCCCAGUCGGGGGGGCAGAACUACAGUCCGCCUCGAGAGCACCCUCUACCUCCCUGAGCUCGCCCUCUCCAGACUGUCCAGUGCCACCCCUCCCCCAUCCUAUGAGGAGGUGACUGCACCCCAGGAGAGCAGCAGUGAGGAGGCGAGUGUCUCUUACAGCGACCCACCCCCGAAGUAUGAGGAGAUAGUGGCCGCCAACCCUGGCUCAGACAAGUAGUGGGACUUGUGUCCUGUCCAAUGUGAAAGCCUCUUUUAGGGGUCUCCUAUUUUCUUUUUAACUUUUUAAAGACUGUGCCACCACAAAACAGCCUUAGCCUCCUUGUUGCCAAAUAAUUUCCUAACCGUGGAUUUGUAGGAAGUCAGUUGUCAGAGAUAGGUGGAGGGGGUAGGAAACACGCAUGCGUCAAAGCCCCUGGGGAGAGCCACAGGCCAGAGAGCCCAGCUCCUCCAGAAGCCCCUGCACCCUUGCCAUCCUGUCCUUCUGUCAGGGACUGGCUUCUCUGAUGCCAAAGGAAUCACCCUAUUGAGUUGAUUGUGGCCAGAAUGUCCAUAGGCUUGGGCCCCGGGGCUACGCAGCUGGCUGGAGACCUGCCUGUGUCUGGAAUCCUGGGCCAGAGGUGAGCGAGAGAAGCCAGCCCUUCAGUACCCUAUUUCCUUGACAGUCCGUGCUUUCUGUCCUUGCUUACAUUUUGAGGACAAAGACAAGAACUGAAAAAAUGAAAAGUAAUAACAAAUAAAUAAUGAACACAAUAAAACACAACAAUAUAACCUGGGCCAUUCAUAAGAGGCUGAGGGAAAUCAGCCGCACAGAUCUGUGACACCCCUCUCUCCCAACCCCACCCCCACUUUCCUGACCAGGUUAAAAGGAAUGUCUGGAGAAGCCUGGAAGGAGGACAGGGUGUGUGAAAGAUGGGAGGCAGGGGCCUGGCUGGCAGAGCUACCUCCCCCAGAUUGAGCAGGGGGCCCAUGUGAACUUUGCCAUCCUGGACAGUAGCUCUGGGUCUAGUGUGCUUGGCCUCCCCCAGACCUUGGCUCUCCAGACACGUGUACUGGCUGUGCUAAAACCGCUACCCACUGGCAUGAACCCAAUCAUAGCCCUGGGAAAACCGACGCUCUUGACCCUGCCUGUGGAACCUGUGGCCUCUGAAUGGUUGGGGUACAGGCUGGGGCAGAGAGCUGGAGUUUUCUCUUUGUGACAUCGACUGGCCCACAGGACGAUUAAACCCACAAACUUGGCCUCCUCAGCACCGUGCUCUCUGGCUUUGAACUUUUAGGAUACGUCUCUUUUUACGAGUAGGUGCACUGAGUUUCAGAUGGCUGAUUGCUCUUUAGUGAUGGUGCCCUACCUGGAGAGAAGAUCCUGAAGUGUCCCUUUUUAGAAAUUUCCUUGCGGGGGAGAUAGGGAAGUCCGUGACCUGGGUCAAAGCCCAUCUGGUCUUUGCUCUGUCGUUGCCAGGUGCUGGGCCAUUUUUAGUAACCCCUUUCUGUGUCCACCUCCCCAUUUCAGCAAGGCUUCGGACAGCAGUGGGGCAGAGGUGACCUGCCCCGUGACUGUCAAGGACCAAGCAAAAGACGCUGUGGACACCACCUCCCCCCACCCCUUCAUCUCCAUCCUCCUGGCCUCAGCGCCAAACCAUUUUUCCUCUGUGGUGCUUUAAAAAAUGUAGCAAAUUUUUGUGGGGCCCAAAAGAGUGCACAGCCAGGGUCUAUUAGCAACCACAGCAGGUUAAAACCCAGUGAGAAGACAAGCUUCUUUCUGUCUAAACAGCUCUCCAGGGCGGGCCUCGGGCCUCCUUCUUCGAACGCAGCCCUGCCUUCAGGCCACAGAUGACUUCUGGAGGCCCCUCCAGUCCUGUGCACAGGCUUCAAGUCAGGAGGCUUGUGUUCUUAUCCCAGUGAGGCCACCAGCUUGGACAACUCAACCCUGUGGCUAGGGUUUUCCAUCCUUCCCCCUACCUCACAGGCCCGUUGGAGGCUGACUGAGCUAAUGCCUGUGCAGUGCUUCAAGCACCAGGGAGCCAGUGCAGUUUGCCCUUAGGAAGAUUCUUCUAGAAAUGUGUAAGUUAUAGGGGAACAGUCUUAGUGGAGGCCUUCAUAUGACUCUGAUGUUGAGUCUCAACCUGGGGAGUCAAUCUCCUGCCAGUUGACACUUUCUGUCUCCUUACCCCUCCCCCAAGAGCUCCCUGAUGCCAGAGGUGCUGACCAGGUGGCAUUCCACCUUUCCUUCCUUUCUCUUUUCCUCCCUCUGGGCCUCUAGCACUGCACUCCUGCCCUUCCUCGCAAAGACAUUUUCAGCCCAAAAGGCCCCUGCUUUUUCCAUGAUGGAGGCUGGAGUCAAUCCUAUUUGGCCAUGUUGGAGGACCUGGGCCAGCCUGCAGCUCUAGGACCAGCCCCUGCUCUCCCAACAUUUCCUCAGGCAGGUGCCUGCGUGUGACUUGGGAGCAUGGGGGAAGACACUUACCCCUAUGUGUCUCCUUCCCACUGAUUGGAUAGCAUGGGCCCCACUGACCAGAGCCAAAGGGAGUAUGCCAAGGAAUGUCUGCUGCCUUUGGCACCUGUUGAACCCUUCCCUGCCAAGCUGCUGGGUAGUUUGCGGCUGGGUGGAGAUGGGAGAGAGCGAGAAGCAGGAGCCUGGCCCGGUGGAGGGCAGCACAUGUCCUUCAGGUGCUGCACUCUCCGGUUCAGAUGCUUCCAGGUGGGGUUGCCGUUGUGGUCUCUGGGAUGUUUUUUGCAGUAUAUUGUAGAAAAAAGACUGUAUAGUACACAGUGGUCGUAACUCCUCGCGGUGCAAUUUGGCUUUCACAAAUGCCCUGUACAUAUCUUUUCAAAUUCUGUCUUUUAUGGACAUUCAUUUGAUACAAUGCUAACUCUGCAGUAGCCACAGUUUUGUUGUUGGACUUGUGUGUAUGUGUGUGCGUGUGUAUGUAUGUACAUGUGUGCACGUUGCCUUUUCUCACAUGCUUAUCUGAAACAAUAGCUCGUGUGUGGCUAUAUUUGUACCAGGAGAGUUCCCGUCUGAAGGGAGGGAUGUCACCUCCUGGGGCUGGGGAGCCUGAUGACAGGGCCCUGAGCAAGGAAAGCCUAGAUUAGCUGUCAAAGUCCCCCAAAGUCACCACCUUCUGCCCCCAUUCACGAAAGGCUUUGGAAGAAGAUGAAGCCGCUCCAUCCGGUGGGCUCCUCCCUGUGGGACCCUCCACUCACAUGCCCUGUGGGUGUGGUGUCCCCAGCCUCCGCUCCUGUUCUGUGGGUGUCAGCAGCUGAUGGAAAUCUGAGCACUCCUGGGCCCUUUUAUUUAUUUAUAUAUUUUUUUGGUGGAAAGAUGUCUGACUAUUGACUUUGGGAAUGGCGGGGCUGGUUAUUUAGAUAUUUUUCAUUAAAAAAAAAAAGAAAAGGCUUUAAAAAGUUCCUUGAAAUAUGACUGUCACUUGUUUUCAAAAAAAACUUUUGAAGACUUUUUAAAACAA